UGAGUGAGGGCAGAAUGGAGAAAGUGCUGUUGUGUUGUGUUUUAUUAUUGAACUGGAGGCUGGUUUACUCACAAUUAUUGAGUACAGUUAAUAAUGUCCGUUUAGUCAACCAUAUUCCAUAUAUUAUGGAGUUCAUGGAAACUGCUAUGAAGGAUGUGGAGGCUUACGGUUGGUGCAACUUGAAAAUACCUGACCAUGAGGUCGAAAUUGAUGAAAAUGUAUUCGAUUGGCAAGUCAAAGGCCACGUUGCCUUCAAAAAUGGCUUCGUCACGUCGAUCCAGAAACUUGACCUCAUUCAGCAUACCCUCCAACAGGUGUGGCGGUUUGACAACACAGACAAUACAACCAGCGUGUUUGUCCAGGCUACCCUGAGGAUGUCAGAUGUGAGGUUGGGGUACGACAUUGAAGUGACGUUGGAGGAUGGCAGCCUCCACCAUUUCACAGGGAUCUUUAGACACAACACCGUCCAGUUUCCCUUUGCGGUAAUAUACAAUAUGUUUACGGAUGAAUAUUCCGCGACGGUGACAAUGGAUACUCUGCCAAGGAGCACGAACAAGAUGGUUUUCGCUCCUGCUACGGCUCUUACGCAAGUGCUGUCACAUUCGUAUGACGUGACAAGCGCCGCCGAUGGCAUGGCAUCCUGGGCUACACAGGUUUUCCAACCCAUCCUCCUCAACGUGGCUCUCAACAAGGUCGAAUUCCCUCAAAUCUGUUACAACUGCAACACUUAUGAACAUUUGUCUGUAAGAAUGAAGCUUUGUGCAUUAUUUUGUUUCAUUUUUGCAAUUAGUGUGGUUUAUGGAAAUUGGACCAGCCGUGUUUAUUUAGAGAAAGCUCAAGAUUACUUUCAUAAUAUGGUGCAAGAAACCGUGCUGCGAUUGGAGCAGCGGAGUUUUAGCUCUCUUCGACUUCAAGAUAUAACGCAAACUAUAAGUCAACAAAUGUACAAAUGGCACGUCACGGGUAACGUCACGUACACAAAUGGUUUCCUGGUGUCCAUACAAAAGAUGGAUGUGACGAACUUCCAACAGGCUACGUCAGUCAGCACGGUAGAGGGUGUCGCUACAACCUCCGCUACGAUCAGUGGGCGGUUGAACAUCAGGGACAUGAAGAUCGGAUAUGAUGUAAUUGCUGAACUGGAAGCAGAUGGAAACCAUACAUUCACCGGGACUUUCGUUCACACUCUGCUCUGGUAUAUUUUUCGCAUAUCCAAGAACUUACACACACGAGAGAUAUCUACGACUGUGUCACUAGACAGUUUAAGUGGAGGACUACACAGAAUGCAAUACAUGCCCGCAAACAAUAUAACUGAAGUGAUUUCUAGAAGUUAUGUGCCUGGCAACAUUUGGAACAGCGUUGGCGAUUGGGGUCGCGACGUCAUCCAGCCCAUUCUUUUGGACGUCGUUCAGAACAAAAUCGCUUUUCCACCAGUGUGCCUAGACUGCAGAUAA